AAAGGUUUUUAUAUUUAAUAUUAUAUCACGGUGAUUUAAGAUGUAUACACAUUUAACUACGCAAUUACAUGAUUUAACUAAUCACAAUGUGUCAGUUUUUGAAUCAUCGAAAAUCAUGAAAUAUUUUUAAAUACAACUUUUCUUGAAAUUCUUUGACAUUUUGAAAACGAUAACCUCUAACAUUUGAUCAAUUUUCUAUAUAUUGAUGUUAAAUGAAAUACUUUCUAUACUGUUACAAGAAAAGUAAUGUUAUAAAAGAGGAAUACUUAAUAAAAAGUAUUAUGAUGUAUUUUUUAAAGUGCUAUAUCAUUGAAAAAAUUUAGAAACUAAUACCUGUAUCAAAUAAAAAUUGCAUAUAAAUUAUAUGUAAAAGAGAAUUAACUUGAGAAUUAAUUUGAGAGCAAUUGUUCAUAACUAAAUAUAUGUUUGUAAAAAAAUGGAGAAAGAUAAUCUGAAAAUAUUAGUAUAUCAAGAACAAUCUGAGAGCACAGUAAAUCAAUGUUGGCCAUGUCUUAUAGAAUCGUCUAACAAGAAUUCAGUACCAAUGAACAAUUAUACAAAGGGAUCAUUAAAUUUUAAAAGUAUCCUAUAUAUACAAAAUAUAUAUAAUUCUAGUAAUAAACUUUUACCAAAUAAAUUAACUAAUCUAAUAAAAUUAGAUUUAUCUAACAAUUAUUUAAAAGAUCUACCUGACUAUUUGGAUCUAUUAAAAAAUCUACAACAUCUUAUUCUCAAUAAUAAUCAACUUUCAUGUUUGCCAAGUGUAAUUGGAAAUCUAGAAAAAUUAGUAUCUUUAAAGGUACACAAUAAUAACAUAAAAGAAAUUCCAGAAAAUAUUGGAAAUUUAUCAAAUCUUGAAGAUUUGGAUUUAGGUUCUAAUAAAUUAAGAGACAUUCCAGGGUCGUACAAAAUGUUAAAUAGAUUAAAAUAUCUUUCUCUUGCUAAUAACAAUUUUAUGUAUACUCCUGAUUGCCUUAGAACAGGAAUGUGUAGUUUGGAAAUGUUAGAUUUAUCACAAAAUAAUCAUAUUAUGUUGAAUGUUCCAUUAUGUAGUAUUAAGAUUAAAAGAUUUUAUGCUAAAGAAAAUGAUAUCUGUCCAUCAUUUUUAAAUUGGAUAUUUACUAACAAAUAUUAUAAAUUGGAAGAAGUAUUAUUAGAUUAUACAGUGUUUCAGAAAUUUAAUUUUCCAAGUGAAGAAAUACCAAUGUUAAAUAUUACAAAAUUAUCAAUGGUACAAUGUCAAUUGUCUGAACAACUUUUGAGUGAAAUUAUUAAAAGACUAAAGUGUCCUGAAAGUUUAAAUAUUGGUAAUGAUGAAAUAACAAAGAAAGGAAAUACAUUUUGGGCUUUACCAAUUAAAGAUAUACAAGAUAAAUCUAACCUGAAAGAAAUAAAUCUUCAUAAAACAAAUAUUCCAAUGAUACCUAAAUGCAUAAAUGAGUUUCUGGCUUUGGUAACAAUAGAUGCUAGUUGUAAUAACAUUACUUGGUUACCUGAUGAAAUAUGUGACUUGCAUAAUUUACAAAAUUUGAUAAUAAAUAAUAACUUAUUAGUUAGUUUGCCUGACUCUAUUGGCCAAUUGACAUCACUUAAAACAUUAAUAGCUAGUUAUAAUGCAUUAACUUGUUUACCAAGUUCUAUGAUGCGUUUAAAUAAUUUACAGUUUCUGGAUCUUUAUGAUAAUAAAUUUUUUACAGCAACAGAUAUUAAUAUUAAUAUGACUUGUUUACAAGGAAUAGAUCUUGAACAAAACUAUUUUUCAACUAAUGAUUUACCGAUCACGAAGAGUUAUGAAAAUUUAAGAGCUGUAUUAUUAGAGUAUUGGAACAAAGAAUUUAGAGAAGUUGGUUUAAAAAAGGAAUCUGAAUGCAGUGAUGACAAUGAAUCUUUAUAUUCAUUUUACUCAUAUAAAAUUAAUGAUGAUGAAUUACAAGAAGUACAGAAUUCUUCUGAAUGGGUUGAGGAAAAUUGGGAUGAUUCAGAUAAUUCAGCGGAUGAAUUUGAUCCAAAUGAAUAUUGGAAACCGAAACUCCGACAAUGUUCUCCAAUUUUUGCUUAUAAAAGACAAAUUUUACAGUCACAUUUUUGUCCUGCAGAUUUACAUGCUAAAUCAAUUUUAAAGCAUUUUAGACAAAUGUUAAAUAACGAUACUUUCUCUUCGAAUACUGAAUUUGAAACAGGUCAAUUUGAAGAUGUCUGACAACUAGAAAUAUAGUUAAAAAUAAAAUUAGUCUAUGCCAUUAAAUAGAUAAAAUAAAUAUUAAUACAUAUUUUUUGAUAAAAUAUUAAA